GCGCCUUUAAGAGAACCCGGAAGUGCCUCCCUUGCACUGGAUGUACAACUCAAUGUGACCUGCCUGGAUUCCAACUUAUGUGUUGUUAUCUUCGUAAAGUAAAUUUAAAUUUAAGAAAAUGUUUCUUACCAGCGUGAACUUGGCUAAAGCAAAAUCCAAGACUAUACUGGUUCAGAUGGUAAGCGCUGCUGGGACAGGAUACUUCUUCAACACGAAGAGGAACCGACUCAGAGAGAAACUGGUUCUGCGGAAACAUGACCCGUUUGUGAACAAGCACGUCUUAUUCUUUGAGAAGAGGAAGAUCAGAUCGAUUUAGUGCACCAACGAACAUGGACAUUUUCUGAACAGUUUUAUUUACACGGAUCAUACAAAGCACUGACUGGGAAAGGAUUCUGAUUGGCCGCUGCUUAAUGGAAAAUCUCCUCGAGAUUGAUUAAAAGCAUCUGUAGAAGUUUAACAUGAUGCUGAAUGAAUGAACGAAGAAGAAAGGACCAACACAAAUACCCUGAUGUAUCAAACAUUUCAAAAUGCUGCUUCAAACUUGUGUGAAAUGCAGUCAGUUUGGGUUCAUUCAAUAAAUUAUGUCCACUAAA